CUAAAUCUUGUGACAGAGUACUACCAUGGCAAAGGUGUUGGUGCUGGGGAGUGGCGGACGGGAACAUGCCCUAUCCUGGAAGCUCUCCCUGUCCAAGCAUGUUCAGAAGGUCUAUGUAGCACCAGGCAAUGCUGGUACACUGAACAUAGAGAAGGUGGAAAACGUUGGCAUCAAUGUGAAAGACUUCCCAUCAGUGGCGAGCUGGUGUAAAGAGAAUGUUAUCGACCUGGUGGUUGUAGGACCUGAAGAUCCACUUGCAAAUGGAGUUGCUGAUGUGCUGAAAGAUGCUGGUAUUGAUUGUUUUGGACCAUCGGCAAAAGCAGCUCAGAUCGAAGCCAGCAAGGAAUUUGCCAAAAAGUUUAUGUCGAAGUACAAUAUCCCAACUGCCAGAUGGAAGUCGUUUACAAAUUCAAAGGCUGCUUGUGAGCACAUCAUGAGCUGUAACUAUCUGAGUCUCGUUGUGAAGGCGAGCGGUCUGGCUGCUGGGAAGGGUGUUGUCGUUGCAGCAAACAAGGAGGAUGCAUGUGUGGCUGUUAAAAAGAUGGUGGAGGAGAAAGCUUUCGGAAGUGCUGGUGACACUGUCAUUGUGGAGGAACUCCUCUGUGGAGAAGAAGUGUCGUGUUUAGCUUUCACAGAUGGAUACAAGGUGGCCUGCUUCCCACCGGCACAGGACCACAAGCGGUUGAAGGAUGGCGACGAUGGUCCCAACACCGGUGGAAUGGGAGCCUAUGCACCUUGCCAGAUAGUGAAUAAGAAUGAACUGGAUCGAAUAAAGAAUCUUAUCCUACAGCGUGCAGUGGAUGGUAUGCGGUCGGAAGGCACACCGUAUAUGGGUUUAUUGUAUGCUGGCUUGAUGAUGACCACUGAUGGCCCAAAAGUCUUAGAAUUCAACUGCCGGUUUGGUGACCCAGAAACACAGGUUCUCCUACCACUCAUGAAGUCAGAUCUGUAUUUAACGAUGAAGAGUUGUAUCGCGGGAGAUCUUGCUGAUAACAUGCCACUGUUUCAUCGGACGAAGCACACUGUUGGGGUGAUGUUAGUGAGUGGCGGUUACCCCGGAUCCUACCCUAAAGGCAUUGAAAUCACAGGUAUGAACCGAGUCGACACAGACGCCAAGCACAUUAUCUUCCACAGUGGCACAGCCAUGAAAGAUGACAAGCUGGUGACGAAUGGUGGCCGAGUCCUCGCCGUGGUGGCCAUCAAGUCAGACCUCGGUCACGCCAUCAGGGAGGCUCAGCUCAGUGCUAGCAUGAUCACGUUUGAUGGUUGCUAUUAUCGCAAGGAUAUCGGUUACAGAGCAAUUCUCAGGUCAAGCCGAGGAGUCCGACUGAGUUACAAAGAUUCAGGAGUGGACAUCUCAGCAGGUGACAGCCUCGUCCAAGCCAUCAAACCCGUAGCUCGGUCAACUUCCAGGCCUGGAUGCCAGGUUGACCUCGGUAUGUUUGGUGGGAUGUUUGACCUUAAGGCAGCUGGGUACGAGGAUCCUCUUCUUGUGUCGGGUACAGAUGGUGUCGGCACAAAACUCAAGAUAGCACAAGUCUGCGGUAUUCACAACACCGUUGGGAUUGAUCUUGUUGCGAUGUGCGUUAAUGACGUCCUUGCCCACAAUGCGGAGCCACUGUUCUUCCUUGACUAUUUCGCCUGUGGAGAACUUGAUGUGUGGAAUGCACGUGGUGUAAUAGAGGGCGUAGCUGAAGGCUGCCAGUUGGCUGGGUGUGCACUGUUAGGUGGCGAGACUGCAGAGAUGCCCGGCAUGUACCCUCCAGGGGAGUUUGACCUCGCUGGCUUUACGGUCGGCGCAGUCGGGAAGAACCAGCUGCUUCCUAAGAUUGACGACAUCACAAAAGAUGAUGUGAUUAUCGGCAUUGCUUCCAGUGGUGUCCACAGUAAUGGUUUGAGCCUUGUGAGAAAGAUUGUGGAGGUCUACAAAAUGAAUUAUAGUCAACCAAGUCCCUUCAUGAAAGAAAAGUCAUUAGGUGAAUCUCUCCUUAUUCCAACCAAGAUUUACAGUAAAACAGUCCUUCCUGCCUUAAGAUCGGGCAAAGUCAAAGCAUUCGCGCACAUCACCGGCGGUGGCCUACUUGAAAACAUUCCACGUGUGCUGCCCGACUCUCACCGAGUUGAACUCGAUGCUUCCCUCUGGAAUAUACCUACAGUAUUUGGCUGGAUCGCUGCCCAGGGCCAUGUGGAUGAUUUAGAAAUGGCACGAACAUUCAACUGUGGUGUGGGAGCAACGUUGAUUGUAUCCCGAGAUAAUAAGCAGGCAGUGUUAGACAUGUUGUCAGAAGCAGGCGAGACGGCCUGGUGCAUCGGAAGAGUUCUUGAAGAUGAAUCGGAUGGUAUGGAAGACAAAGUGAUUAUCUCAAAUCUGCAACAGGAGCUCGAUAAUCUCCUGCCCGAGGUUGAGGUGAAGCAUGCAACCUCACAUGGUGAGGUCAAUGGACGUGGAAGAAUGAGAGUUGCAGUGCUCAUUUCAGGAUCAGGAACAAAUCUGCAAGCCCUGAUCGAUCACACGCAAGACCUGGUUGUGAACAGUGCAGCAGACAUCGCGUUGGUGAUCUCUAAUGUAGCAGGGGUCAAAGGUUUGGAGCGAGCAAAGGAUGUGGGCAUUCCAACCAAGGUGAUCAGUCACAAAGACUACAAGACGCGACUGGACUUUGACAUGGCUGUAGAUAGUGCGUUGAACGAGGCUGGGAUUGAAUUGAUCUGCCUGGCUGGAUUCAUGAGGAUUCUCACAGGUGAAUUCACCAAGAAGUGGACUGGCAAGUUACUGAAUGUCCAUCCGUCUCUUCUGCCAUUGUUCAAGGGAGCACAUGCACACCGAGAUGUCUUAGAGUCAGGGGUUCGCAUCAGUGGAUGCACAGUGCAUUUUGUUGCAGAGGAAGUUGAUGCAGGUGCCAUCUUGGUGCAGGAGUCGGUGCCGGUCUACCCAGAUGACACGCAAGAAAUCCUCCAGGAAAGGGUCAAAGAAAAGGAGCACGUCGCCUUCCCUGCAGCGUUGGAGAUUGUUGCUAGUGGCAAGGCACAUCUAGACAUCGAAUCAAAUAAAAUUGUUUGGAAUAAAGUUAGAUAGAUAGCACGUGGAUGACAUUUAAGGUAUUGUUUUACCGAGAGGUUUGUGCACUGCCAUAGCCUCAUAAUCAAAAUUUACAAGGCCAUCGGGAGAAGAACUAUCUUGCAUCUCUCAACACUCCCGACUGAAAGAAUCUUUUCGAUUUUCCUUAUGUCCUAAAUGACACCAGGUCUGAACAUUUCUCAGUACCGGAAAGGAAGCCUGUGGCAUAUUAGGUGAACUCAUGAGUUCAAUUCAAGUUCUGGGUAAUCUAUUGUUCCAUGCUGACUCGAGAAAAGUACCAAGUGUUGAUCACCUGUUGAGGGGGGUUGCAGGGUUUGCAAUGACCACUGCAUCAAUGCUUUUCAGCAUUACCCAUCGCAGAUCAGCCCUCUGAUGGAUAGUUCUGAAACCAGUCUGUAUGUCUGUGGUGCUCAUUGGCCCUCGCUGUCGCAAUCAGAAGAAUCUCUUAGCAAUAUCUGUUAAUAUCUGCAUUUAUCCAGUUGCAUUCCAAGAUGAGUGCAUUUUCUCAUCUCUAUACACAACAUUAAAUAGCUGCUGAAACAUUAAGCAGCUGGUCACGUGAUCUGCUCAACACACCCCAGAUCCAGCACUGAUUUAUUUAAAAAACAGAUGCCAAUUCUGCGCAUGGUUGACUCUUAACAGCUGUACAGCCUUACUUCCUGCUCAUUUCAGUAUUACGUGUACUAUAUUUCAAACAAUGCUAUAUUGUGUUCAACUUCUUAGGAUUUUCUACAACUGUUGCUACAUUGUGAAACAAUUGUAUUGUAAUUGUUUGUUUUGUUGUUUAUGAUUUGAAAUCAUGUUUACAAUGUGUUCCAACGUAUGUGUUCAAUUGUUAUGUUUGUGCUGUUGUGGUAGAGAUUACAUCUUAUGAGGCCAUGUGUGUUUAGUGCUAUGUUUUGAGUCCCACUUGCUAAAAUUUUGCAACUGCCUCCACUAACUUGACAAAGGGAAAUGCAUUGUGGUCUGUUCUGAAUGAAACUAAAAUGUCCCCAUCCUGUCUUGAAUUGGACUCCUGUGCAGCCCCAGAACUAUAGUCAUUGAUAUUUAUUGAUUAAUUUUAUGAUGAUAUACAUGUAGUUCUGUGACUGUCAACAGAGGCCGCCAUUACUGAAGAUCUACUAACAUACCUGAAUCAAAGCGACCAUUUACCCCCAAUGUUACUUGAUACUCUUUAAAUGUCUAGGAUGUAUGCAUGUUUUCUGUAGGUUUUAUUGGGGCCUAUCGGUCGCUGGUAAUGGUUUGUGUAUUAUUUUUGCCAAAGCUCCACAGGAUCUUUCCUGUCUGACAUAUCAAUGCAAAUUGUUAUUCAUCAUGUUUUUUUUGUGUCGGGUUUAUAGUACUUGUUAUUUGAUGUCACUGUCAACUGAUGAAAUAUCUCCAUCUGGAGGCAAAUCCCUGUGGCUGCUUGUAAUCACGUUAACAUCUACAGGAUGUCUCAAAAAGGUUUUAUAGGCAUUUCCUUAUGCAGUUCGAAAGACUCUUGUCUCAAGUGGUUGAGUCUCACACAGAACUCGUCAGUUUCCUGUGUUUGGAGCCAUAACUUUAGAUAGUCUUAAUACCGAGUUUCUCUGUACCCGAGUGCCUGUGUCAACAGGGCAGGGAAAGUCUCCACCAGGCCCGAACCUUUCAAUAGCAGGAAUUUUGUUUUUGAGGCCUUUAAAACCUUUUCCAGUCAUCCUUUAGUAAUUUGUGCUGGUCCCAUCGAGAGACCUUUUAAAGAAGGUCUUCAGCCUCCAGUAUUCCAUCUGUUUUUAAAACUGCUACAUUCAAAAUAGAGCAUGCUCUUCUGGUACUGGACUAUCAAAUGUGUAUUCAA